ACUGAGCAGUGUGUUAAUUUAACACUGAAAAGUGUGGACCCAAUGUAACUCUGUCAGUGUUGAUUUAACACUGGAUAAUUUGCGGUGUAGCAUGAGGACAACAAAGUAGCCUUUAAGACAGAUACUUUGCGUGGUGGAAUAGCAAAUAAAACGGACUGCAACCCGUCGAACGUUGAUGAUUAAAUCUUCAGAGCAAAGUUCAGUGAACCAACCACACACGAGACAAAGCGUCCACAGGACAGUCGAACCGGAGCAGUCUCGUUUUUCGCUGGUUUGCAUAACUUUCUGAUGGCACCGGGUGACCGGUAACGGCAGAAUGUGGUCUUUUUGUGAUAUCCUCGGCCGUGUCAGGCACUCGCCGUUCAUUGGGUUAUAUUUGUUGGGAUUUUGGAUAGCACCUGUGUCCUUACACCCACAAUGCUUGGAUUUCAAGCCCCCCUUCAAGCCUCAAGAGGACCUCCAGUUCUGCGCAAUGUACAGGAACUUCGGCUGCUGCGACUCAGCGAAGGACCAGGAAUUGUUGGCAAAAUUCUAUAAGAUCAUGGACAAUUUCGACAAUUAUGGAUAUGCCAACUGUGCUGGGUACGUGCAGGACCUUCUCUGCCAGGAAUGCUCUCCAUAUGCAGCUCACCUCUUUGAUGCAGAGGACCCCAGUACCCCCAUCAGAACCCUCCCUGGCCUCUGCCCUGACUACUGCUCUCAGUUCUGGCUCAAAUGCCGUUCCACCAUCACCUUGCUCUCUGACGACCUGCAGCUAGCCCGAGCCGAGCCGGACCAGGUCCAUUUCUGCCAGCACCUGGAGCUGGAGGACCCAGACUACUGCUACCCACACCUCCUCAGCAAUGAGCAGCUGACGCAGAACCUGGGCCACGUCCGGGCCGACCCCGAGGGCUGCCUGCAGCUCUGUCUGGAGGAAGUAGCCAACGGGCUGCGGAACCCCCUGGCCAUGGUGCACGCCAACGAUGGCACGCACCGCUUCUUUAUAGCCGAACAGGUGGGCCUGGUGUGGACGUACCUGCCUGACCGCUCCAAGCUGGAGAAGCCCUUCUUGAACAUCACCAAGGCUGUUCUGACAUCACCUUGGGAGGGGGAUGAGAGGGGCUUCCUCGGCCUGACCUUUCACCCCAACUAUAAGUACAAUGGGAAGCUGUAUGUGUACUACUCCGUGGAGAUCGGCUUCGACGAGAGGAUCAGGGUCAGCGAGUUCCGCGUCUCCCCCGGCGACAUGAACGUGGUGGACCACACAUCUGAGAGGAUCAUUCUGGAGGUUGAUGAGCCUGCUUCCAAUCACAACGGAGGAAUGGUGAUGUUUGCUGAUGACGGAUACCUGUACAUAUUCACUGGAGACGGGGGCAUGGCUGGAGACCCCUUUGGGAAAUAUGGAAAUGCUCAGAACAAGUCAGCCCUGUUAGGCAAAGUGCUCCGUAUCAAUGUCGAUGACAAUGAUAGGGGUCCCCUGUACAGGAUCCCUUCUGACAACCCGUUUGUGCAUGAGCGCGGGGCGCGCCCUGAGGUCUACGCUUACGGGGUGCGCAACAUGUGGAGGUGUUCUGUGGACCGUGGGGACCCUCUGACGAAGGAGGGGAAGGGCCGUAUCUUCUGCGGGGACGUGGGCCAGAAUAAGUUUGAGGAGAUCGACAUCAUAGAGAAGGGAAGGAACUACGGCUGGAGGGCCAAAGAGGGCUUCUCCUGUUAUGACAAGAAGCUGUGCGCCAACAGCUCUCUAGAUGAUGUACUCCCCAUUUAUGCCUACCCUCACAAGAUGGGCAAGUCUGUGACUGGCGGAUAUGUGUACAGAGGGUGUGAAUACCCCAAUCUGAACGGCAUGUACAUAUUUGGAGACUUCAUGAGCGGGCGUAUGAUGAGCCUCCAGGAGAAUAAGGACACGGGUCAGUGGAACUACCAUGAGAUCUGUAUGGGCAUUGGUUUGACCCUAGAUUACCAAAUUAUGUGAAAUGUUCAUUUUUCUGUCUGAACAGGAGAACUGUACUUCAUGUCGACUGGAAUGCCCAGUGCCACAUCUCCCACCGGUGUUGUUUACAAACUGGUGGAUCCCUCAAGACGGGCACCGCCAAGACAAUGUCACUAUGACCCACUGCCUGUCAGAGUGAAGAGCAAGCUCAUCAAGUUCAGGCCAAAAGAAACAUUAACAGGAGUUGAACUACCGACCAAGCAUCAAAAGCUCUCCCCGCCAGAAGAGCCCGUCAGACCCCAUCCCACUGAGUCCGCAGUAAUCGAGUCCGACAAGGACUGGCUUCAGGAGCUCAUGGACAUUCUAAAGGAGCAAGAGGCUGCCGUCGUCACCACCACACUGCCUCAAACUACAACCAAACCGCCCAGGCACACACGACGGAAAAACCGACGAAAGAAGGGCAAGCACCGGUCGGAGAGCGGGUUAGCGCCGGCAGCCGUGCCUCAGAGCGGGGCGGUGAGACUGGCGGGGGAUGAGCAGGGGCGGGACGACCGGGGGAGGGUGGAGAUCUUCGCCAACGGGGAGUGGGGUACGGUGUGCGACGACCUGUGGAAUACGAAAAACGCGGCAGUGGUUUGUCGACAGCUGGGGUUCCGAUUCGCCCUGAAGGCAUCCAAGCACUCUGAGUUUGGAGAAGGGAAGAGUCUCCGGAUUCUUCUGGACGAUGUGCAGUGUGAGGGCACAGAGGAGAGCCUGCUGGACUGUCAACACACAGGCGUAGGUAUGCAUAACUGUGCCCAUUACGAGGACGCAGGGGUGAUAUGCGGGAACUCAGACUACGUUGAUGCCUAGAAAUGAUAGUCGAUUGAGAGGUGAUUUGAAUUUAUUUGUGACUAUGGCCUAAGUGAUUGUAACUAAAACCAAGGAAUAUUGCUGUCUAACUUUUGUCUAAUUGUUGUCGAUGUUGGCACUUAUUGGUCUACCUCUUUUCAUUAAGGUAAUGUAAUGCUGAUUUAAUUGCUGUGUUAAAGUCUUAAAGGUUUUAUAUUUAAAAUGUAAGACUUUGUUAAUGUAAGACAAUGCUUUCUCUAAAGGAAAUUAAUCUAAAACAGUAAAUUAAUGAAUAUACUGUAUAAGGAGAAUGAAUACCAGGUUAUUUAAUAUUCUCUCAUGAUCACAUACUGAAAUAAAUGUUCCAUACAGACUCA